CUGAAACUCCCCAGAGCACAUCAGAACCAUUCAUGGGGGUGGUUGGGUUUCAGAAGUUUAACUUUGUCAUUUAGGGUUUCUUGGCUUCUUGUUCAUUUUCUUCUAAAUCUUCUGUAAAUUCCUAGAAUACUAGGAAAAUUUGAGUUGAACAAUGUAUGUAUAGUUCUUGUAUAGUGUUUCUUUGUUGUAGGUAUAGAUUAAUGUGGAGUGGUCGUUUUCUUUGAGAUUUGGUGAUUUUGUAUAGAGAAAUCCCAGAUGUUUUAUGUUUUGUAACUUGCAAGUUGCAUCCUAUGUAAUAGGCCCUUAAACUUGCUUCCUUAAUCAGUUACAAAGCACUCUUCUUUCUUAUCCGUACACAGCAUAUCUUUUCUUUCUCUUCUCUUUCUCUCUCUCUAGAAUAUGUAUCCAAGAAAAUAACUUUUACCAAAACCCCCCUAAGAAUUUGUUGUUGUAUGUUGAAUUUCAGCGAAGGAAGCAUGAUCAAGAAUAAAGGUUUGCUAGUUGAACAAGAUCUGCAAAGUGGAAAUGAAGUGAGAUUGGAGGAGACGAUGGCGGUUAUGAACCCUAAUGAUUAUGAUGCUAUGGAGAUAGAUCGUCAUCUUGGCGAGAGAGAUCUAUGGCUUGACGGAGAGCAAGAAAAUCUACUUGAUUUGAAUGAUGCAACAAUUUUCUACAAUGAUUUUCCUCCUCUUCCGGAUUUUCCGUGCAUGUCAUCUUCAUCGUCCUCGUCCUCGACUCAUGCGCCGAAAACAACCGUCACCAUCACCUCCACGACGUCGUCUUCCUCCGCCUCGUCCGCAUCUAGGGCGGAUUCUUUUGAGGUUUUGAAGUCCGAUGCGGACGAAGAUACUCAUGGGAGAGGGAAAUUCCAGCUGUAUAAUUGUGAUCAGUUGAAACCAGAGCCCAACGCUUUGUCCUCAACAGCCUCCAUGGAGAUCCCUCCACCGCCCGAAGAUGCCACAGGUGAUGUUGAUUGUAUUAAUGUUAUGGAGAAUUUUGGGUACAUGGAUCUGAUUGAUAGUAAUGAAAUUUGGGACCCAUCUUCUGUUUUUCAAAGUGAAAACCCUCUGGAGUAUUUGGAAAACCAGCAGGCCGCGGCGGAGGUGGUGGCGCCGCCUCUUGAAGGGUCACAACAUUUUCAGAAGAAGCAGAAUCAAGAUGAAGAAAAUGAUGGGUUCAGUUUCCUACAGGGAAAUAGUGAACUUGCCAUUAUAUUUUUCGAGUGGUUGAAGCAAAAUAAAGAUCAUAUUUCUGCAGAAGAUAUGAGGAAUAUAAAACUGAAGCGUUCCACCAUUGAAAGUGCUUCGAAGCGUUUGGGCAGUAAUAAGGAAGGGAAGAAACAGCUUUUGAAACUUAUACUGGAGUGGGUUGAGCAAUACCAGCUUCAGAAAAAACGGCUUAACGGUGGCGGUGGCGGUGGCCCCCAAUCACCUUUCCAGCAAUAUCAAGAACCUGAUUGUGAUUCAAACCCUAACUUCAAUUUUAAUUCCAAUUCUGUUUCUGAUCCCAAUGCUCGUUUUUCUCCCUCCCUGUGGAUGGCUGUGCCACCUCCUCCUCCACUGCCUUAUAUUCAGGACUCCUCCGCGGCCAUGGUCACAGCACCGCCUGCUCUUACACCACCACCGCCUUCCUCUGCCUAUCGUGGCGAUUCUUAUUCGAAUGGGGUACCUGUUCCCAUUCCCGUUCCUGUUAAUCCACCCGUGAAUCAAGUUAUUAAUGGAAUUCCAUAUCCAUAUCCACCUGACUAUCAAAUGAUGGAACAUGCUCAAUCCUGGCCUUCAUCACAAUUCCCCAUUUCAUCGACUCAGUACAAUCCUUACCUCGAAAAUGGCUAUAUUCCACAAGGAAUUCCUCAGCACCAAGCUGUGUAUAACAGAAACCCGUAUCAGAUUUUUGACACGAAUGGUGAAAGAUUAGUGAGAUUGGGUUCUUCUGCAACUAAAGAAGCCAGGAAGAAGAGAAUGGCCCGCCAAAAGCGGCUCUACCCGCACCAUCACCGCCACCAUAGCCACCAAAAUCAGCAUCAUAAUCAAACCAAUGUCGAUCAAAAUGCCGUGGAUGGCGGAGAAAAUAUCAGUCAGGGUAGUCCCUCAGCUAAUUGGGUGUACUGGUCUCCACCCCAUACCUCUUCUCCUUCAACUGGUAGGAUGAUCACUUCUUCUGAUGCAUCUCAAGGGCAUAAUGCUGAUCGUCCCUCGUUGCAGCAGCAAAAUUAUGAGAGGCAAGCUUCUUCGAAUCGGAUGCAGCAGCAGAGCUGGAAGACAGAAAAGAACCUGAAAUUUUUGCUGCAGAAAGUUUUAAAGCAAAGUGAUGUUGGUAAUCUGGGAAGGAUUGUGUUGCCAAAAAAAGAAGCAGAAAACCAUCUCCCGGAGCUGGAAUCAAGGGAUGGAAUUUCAAUUGCCAUGGAAGAUAUUGGAACAUCUCGUGUUUGGAAUAUGCGCUAUAGGUUUUGGCCAAACAACAAAAGCAGAAUGUACCUUCUUGAAAACACAGGAGAUUUUGUUAGAUUGAAUGGACUUCAAGAAGGAGAUUUUAUAGUGAUCUACUCAGACACAAAAUGUGGCAAAUAUAUGAUACGGGGAGUGAAGGUACGACAGCCAGGAAUGAAAUUAGAGGGCAAGAAACCCGUAAGGAGAAAUAUGCGCAAUUUAUGCAGUGCUGGUCAUGGACCGUCGUCACUUGCAUUUUCCAAACGAGCAGUGCGAUGAAAUAGUACAAAGAAGAAGAGGCCCUCGUCCAAACCGUCAGAACAAAUUCGAUAUACUCGGCUCUUGGUACUAAUUUUCGAAUCUCUAAUUUCUGUACAUCGUGAUUCCACCUUUUGUAAAAGAAUUCUCAUAGAAUCGAGAGGCUGGACUUCAUCCCUUGUGUUUGUAUUACUAGAGACGAGCAAUGUAACAGUACUUUGUUUUGUAAUCUAAAUGAAUUGAAACCUAAUUACUUAGUAAUUAUAAAUGUUUCACCUA